AUGCCAAGAAGUAUGGGGAACUGCGAUAUCCACCCCGCUUAUCCUGUAGAGUACUAUUGCGAGGAGACAGCUCAAUUUUUAUGCGCAGAAUGCCUCCGAGUGGCAGAGUACUAGUUUUUCCUUUUUGUGUCUUAUUGAACAUUUGAGACUAAGGAGGUGUUUGUCUUUGUGUUUCAUCUCCUCUUGUUAUUUCAAUUGAAGAUGCUGGUCGUUCCUUUACUAUGAGCAUGAGAAAGGAUUUUAUGAAUAUGAAAGUACAGUUUGUCGUGGAGUGCCUCGUUUAAUCACAAGGAAGACAAGAUACGUAAACGUUUUUCAUCGAUCAGCUCACACAUACCUCGGCGGCUCAUUCCCGUAAAGGAGGCUUACCAGAGACAGCGCAAUGCGGGCCUGCCAGAGGUCGAAAGUCUCACCGCCGACCGCCGCGAGGUCAUUCGGCGAGAGCUCGCACAAAUCGACUUAUGUAACACGACUAAUUUCCAUACACAGCGGAAUCAAUUGUAAAGCUACAUCAGUAGAAUCUUCCCAGGACAGCGUUUCUGAAACUCACAAACAGCGAUGAUCAUCGUCAUUCAAUGGCUCUACAAAUUAUUUUAUCUUCACCUUGCCGGUGGUUCGGUACUAUGAUCACUUGAGACGUCACGAUGAUGAAGUACUUCGAAAUAUAGCCAGAAAGCAAUUGUCGUGAAAAGCUCUAAUUCUUCGUGUUAUCAGCCAAGUGCAAGACGAGGGGAAGCAGGCAGAAGACCACGUUUUCGCCUUGGUGCAGGAAUGCCUAGACAAGUUUCAACAGUACACCGAAGAUCACGUGCAGACGUUGCUCAGCGAUAAUCUGAACACCAAACGCCAACUCGAAUACCUUUUAUGAAUGAAGAAGGCACCUUAGUUUUGGUGGGUAGCAAGUUGUAAUUUCGACUAUAAUGAUUUGAAGCACAUCAAGUAGUACAAGUUCUACUGUCAGAAUUACAAUCGAUUAGGGGAAAAGAAAAACCACUCUCUCUGCAGAAAUCUUUAAUGGAAUCAAAAAUAGAAAUUAGAACUGAUUUCCUGAACAUCAAAAUAUUCUUCCAGGCCUCUGUUCAUACAACGAGUGGAUCGAUGGAUUCAUCGCGGAACAGAUGACGCAACUGUCGCCGCCGAUGUUCCUGCGUGCCUGGACACGACACUGUGCGCUUCGUAAGCAGCUGGGGGAAAUGUGGGGAGUGAAUAAAACUAAUGACAUCAAGAAACAUACGACAACAGGAGUAAGACAACUACCAGGCACAACUAAGGAUGAAGAUGACGAAGAAGAAGAUGCAGAUAUCUUUCACGACCGGCGAAUUCAUGCAAACACGCUUGCUGCGGAGGCUAUCAAACUUGUUGGAGGGAUUCGCGUUUCGACUACAUCACUGAACUAACACUCCCAUAUGUAAGUCUAAUUGGGGGUUUGGAGAUGGAGAGUGCGGCACAUGCCAUUAUUUCAACACUCGGACGCGUCAGAGAGAUGUAUAGGUGCUGUGCUGUAGUUCCAAGAACAUAUUCUUAUUGGGGAAAAUAGUACAACUUCAACUGAUGAAACACAAACAAGAGAAUGCAUAUGAAAGAAGC